AUGGCGUGCGUCGACACGUACUCGCCGACCAACGUUGGGGGCACGGCCGCCUACCACAACAAGAUCAAAGCCGCGGUCGGCGAUGUCUUGCCGCCGCUCGAGAUCCGCUUCACGGACCUCGCGCUCUCGGCCGACGUUCCGCUCAUGACGCGCCAAGAGCUGCCAACGCUCGUGAGCGACGUCACCUCGAUGGUGCGUGGCCUCUGCCAGCCGUCGCGGACCGUGCGCAAAGACAUUCUGCACCCGAUGACGGGUGCGCUCAUGCCGGGGACCAUGACGCUCGUGCUCGGCCAGCCGCGGUCGGGCAAGUCGUCGUUCCUCAAGCUAUUGAGCGGCCAGGUGAACGCCACCAAGAGCCUUCGCAUUGACGGGCAGCUGACGUACAAUGGUGUCUCGGACAUGCCACACUUGGCGCGCUGGACGUCGUACGUGGCGCAGCGCGACGUGCACUACCCGACGCUCACGGUGCGCGAGACGCUCUCGUUUGCUUCGCGCUGCGUCACGAGUCGCGAGCAGCUGUCGGCGGUGCCUCCGCACGCGACACCGCUCUUGGCGUCCAUCGAAGCGGCGGCGCCAGACCUCGUGGAGCGCCAGUUGGGCCUCGACCACUGCAAGGACACGGUCGUCGGCAACAGUAUGCUUCGCGGCGUCUCGGGCGGCGAGCGCAAGCGCGUGACCAUGGGCGAGAUGGAGUUUGGCUUCAAGCGCGCGGCGUUCCUCGACGAGAUCAGCACCGGCCUCGACGCGGCUGCCACGUUUGAUAUCGUGUCGGCCCAGAAAAGCCUUGCGAGCUCGCUUCAAAAGACGGUGGUGAUCGCGCUUCUCCAGCCGGCGCAAGACGUUUACAAUCUCUUUGACAAUAUUCUGCUCUUGCACGACGGCUACACCUUGUACCACGGGCCGCGCGACGCGUGCAUGCCCUACUUUGAGGCGCUGGGCUAUCACUGCCCGCCGCACCGCGACGUACCCGACUUCCUCGUCGACAUUGGCUCGCCCGACCUGCUCGGUCCGUCCAUGAGUGCUCAAGAGCUCGCCACCGCGUUUCGGAGCUCGUCGAUCCAUGCAGCCAUGCUAGCGCGUAUGCAGCAGACGUCGCUGCCGCCGCUUUCGCCCAUUGCGCCCUUUGCCGAGCCAUUUGUCGCCAGCACGAUGUUGAUUGCGUCGCGCCAGCUGCGCGUUUACCUCCGCAACGCCGAGCUCGUCCAAGGUCGUCUCGGCUUGGUGCUCAUCAUGGGACUCUUGUACGCGACGACGUUCUACGACGUCGAUCCGUCGCAGGUGACGACGGUCCUCGGUGUCAUCUUCAUGGCGGUGCUCUUCCUCGCCGUCGGGCAGGUGCCGACGCUACCGAUUAUCCUCGACGCCCGGGCCGUCUUUUACAAGCAGCGCGCGUCGCAGUUCCACCGGACGUCCUCGUACGUGAUUGCGCAUGCGGCGACGCAGAUCCCGUUUGCUUUGGCCGAGACAGUGGUCUUUGGUUCGAUCCUGUAUUGGAUCACGGGCUUCGCCGCCGACGCGACGUCGUUUCUGACGUACUUGCUCGUGCUCUUCUUGACCAACCUCGUCUUCUCAACGUGGUUCUUCGUCGUUGGCGUCGCGUCGCCCAACAUGCUCGUGGCCGACCCCGUCGCGCUCCUCUGCGUUCUCAUCUUUGUCGUCUUCGCGGGCUUUAUCAUCUCGGCCAAGGACAUUCCCGACUACCUCAUUUGGCUCUACUGGAUCGACCCGCUCGCAUGGUCUCUUCGCGCGCUCACAAUCAAUCAGUACACGGCAUCCGAUUUCAACGACUGCGCGUUCGGCGGCAUCGACUACUGCGCGACGACCGGCAGCACCUCGGCGGGCACGGCGCUCCUCGAGCAGUACGGUCUUCGCACCGACCGGUCGUGGAUCUGGUAUGGCGUCUUGUAUCUCGCGGGCUGCUACGUCGCCUUUCUCUUCUUGGCGUAUCUCAUUCUCGAGUACGUUCGCUUUGACGACACGGAUCACAGCCACGUGGUCGGAACCAGCUCUAUUGACGGGUGCUCUUCCACAGAUGACGACGACAGCGCGUAUCUCGCGGUGCCCAAGACACCUGCUGUGGCUAUAUCGGUGGCCCCCCGCGAGGUCGUGCCCGUGACGUUGACGUUUGAAAACUUGAGCUACACAGUGCCCAAUCCGACGAAGGGCGAGCCCGACUUGCAGCUCCUCAAGUCUAUCAGCGGCUAUGCGCUACCGGGUACGGUCACUGCGCUCAUGGGGGCGUCCGGUGCCGGCAAGACCACCUUGAUGGACGUCAUCGCCGGGCGCAAGACGAGCGGCAAGAUCGAUGGCGAGAUCAAGCUCAACGGCCACAUCGCGACGGACCUUGCGAUUCGUCGGUCGACGGGCUACUGCGAGCAGAUGGACGUGCACUCCGAGUCGGCAACUUUCCGCGAGGCGCUCCAGUUUAGCUCCAUGCUGCGGCAAUCGGACGACAUUACCGCUGCCGACAAGCUCGCGUUCGCGGAAGAGUGUUUGUCGCUCCUUGGGCUCGACACGAUCGGCGACAAGAUCAUCCGCGGGUCGUCCGUCGAGCAGAUGAAGCGUCUGACGAUUGGCGUCGAGCUUGCGGCCGCACCGUCCGUGCUAUUUCUCGAUGAGCCGACGUCGGGCCUUGAUGCGCGCUCAGCCAAGAUCGUCAUGGCCGGCAUCCGCAAGAUCGCAUCGACGGGUCGCACGGUCGUCUGCACGAUCCACCAGCCGUCGGCCGAGGUCUUUGAGAUGUUUGACUCGCUUCUUCUCCUCAAGCGCGGCGGCGAGACCGUCUUCUUUGGCGACCUCGGCGCCAAGGCCGUCCAUUUGAUCAGCUACUUUGCAUCGCUCCCGGGCACGCCACCGAUCGCAGUCAGUAUGAACCCUGCCGCAUGGAUGCUCGACGUGAUUGGCGCCGGCGUCGAAGCGCGGUCGCAAGCGCUUGACUUUGUGAAGGCGUUUGCAUCCUCGGCGGAGCGUCAAGCUCUCGUGGACGGUCUUGCGGUCUACGCUGCGCCGCACCCCGAGCUUGAGGCGCUCACGUUUGGCUCCAAGCGCGCCGCUGCCUUCAACACACAGUUGAGUCUGCUGCUGCGGCGCUUUGUUCGUCUCCACUGGCGCACGCCGUCGUACAACAACACGCGCGGCCUCAUCUCGAUCGCACUCGCCGUCUUCUUUGGCCUCUUGUACAACCGCGUGGACUUUACCACCUUCUCGGGCGCGACCGGCGGCCUCGGCAUGAUCUACCUCUCGUCCGUCUUCAUCAGCCUCGUCUCAUUCUUCCCCGUCAUGGUGCUCAUGGUCGACGACCGCGGCGCGUUCUACCGUGAGCGCGCGUCACAGACGUAUUCGGCGCUGGCCUAUUUUGUCGCGUCGACGCUGGCCGAGCUCCCGCACGUCUUUGGCUCGACCUUUGCCUUCGCCAUCAUCUUUUACCCGUUCGUGGGUCUCAGUGAGUCGGUCGGCGCGUGCUUGUACUACGGCUUCAACCUCUCGCUCAUGGUGCUCUUCCACGUCUACUUUGGCCAGCUGCUUGCCUAUGUGCUGCCAGACGUGGACAUCGCUGGCCUCGUCGGCUUCCUCUUCAACUCGAUCUUUAUGCUCUUUAUGGGCUUUGCACCGCCAGCGGCGCAGAUCCCGAGCGGCUACCGCUGGCUCUACCACGGUGUGCCACCGAAAUUCAGCAUGGCCAUUUUGGCUGCCGAGACGUUUGCCAAGUGCACGGAGUCGACGCAGCUCGGCUGCAAGACGCUCUCGCACGUGCCGCCGAGUGUCCUCCAAGCGAUGGGCAACGUCUCGAGUAUCACGCUCCAGGACUACGUCGAGGGCAUGUACGAGAUGAAGUACGACGACGCCAGCACCAACACGCUCGCAACGCUCGGCUGGAUCGCCGGUGUCUUGGUCCUGAAUGCCAUCGCACUUCGCUUCGCCAACCACCAGAAGAAAUAG